ACUUGCCGUUCAUUUUUCUUGGUGCUGAAGCAUACCCGGUGUCAAAAUGCUUAUUUAAAUGUGCAACUUUCAAGAGCAAGGAAAUGCAUUGAACGUGCAUUUGGAAUAAUAAAUGCUAAGAAACUUCCGAAGGAUGUUAAUCCCUGUGGUGUAUUUGCCAACAAUGAACUGGAUUUGGAGGAAGUUGAUGUGUAUGGUUUCGACUAUGACUACACGCUCGCGUGCUAUAAACCUUGCUUACACGAUUUGCUAUACAAUUUGGGCCGCGAUAGAUUAAUUAAAAAAUUUAAGUAUCCCGAAAAUAUUUCAAAUUUGGAGUACAUUCCACGGUUUGCAGUACGUGGCCUUCAUUAUGAUAUAGAAAAAGGUUUGCUUUUAAAACUAGACUCGUUUCUUCAAAUACAGUUGGAGUCUGUUUAUCGUGGACUCACAAAAAUCCCUGAUUCAGAAGUACUAAAGCUUUAUAAAAAUCGAAUUUUGCCCAUCGCAUAUGUUGAGGGCCAAUCAAAAAACCACCAGCCAAAUGCCAAAGCGAAAAUGGUUCAGCUAGCUGACUUGUUCUCUGUUCCCGAAAUGUGUCUUUUAUGCAAUGUAGCCGAGUAUUUUGAAAGAAAUCAUAUCGAUUACAAUCCCGAAAUUCUAUUUCAUGACAUAAAAUCAUCAGUGCAAUCUUGUCAUCCGAUUAUGCACGAAAUCGUUAUGAAAAAUGUAGGAGAUUAUAUUGAGAAAAAUUCUCGGUUACCUGAAUAUUUUAAAAAGUUGGCAAAUGCGGGCAAAAAACUAUUUCUUGUAACAAAUAGUCCAUUUUCUUUUGUGAAUAGUGGGAUGGCUUUAUUGGCCGGUGACAAGUGGCGCGAUCAUUUUGACGUUAUAAUAGUUCAGGCACGAAAACCUAAAUUUUUCACAGAUGAUUCACGUCCCAUCCGGUUAUAUGAUGAAACAACCAAUUCACAUGUUUGGGAUCGGGUUUCAAAAUUGGAAAAGGGAAAAAUAUAUUAUGAGGGAACCGUAAAACAACUGCAAGAUUUAACAGGGUGGCGUGGUCAUAAUGUACUAUAUUUUGGUGAUCAUCCCUAUAGUGAUUUAGCUGAUGUAACAUUAGAGCAUGGUUGGAGAACUGGUGCCAUUAUAAAUGAACUCACGCACGAGAUUGAAACUCUUAACAAUGUUAAUUUUAAAAGAAAUGCAAAUUGGCUACAAAUGCUAACACAACUCAUAGAAGAAAUUCAGGAUUAUGAAUGUGAACCUGCACAAAUUUGUUUAGAAAAAUGGCAAUCGGAACGGGAUAUGCUUAGGAACGAAACCAAAAUGGUUUUCAACAAGCAGUUUGGCAGUGUUUUUCGGACAUAUCACAAUCCAACGUAUUUUUCACGACGUCUUUUUCGCUUUGCUGAUAUUUACACAAGUGAUAUAACAAACUUAGCGAAUUAUUCUGUUUCUCAUACUUUUUAUCCUCGGCGAGGUGUCAUGCCACAUGAAUACAUUUCGUAUUUUAUUGUUUUUUUCGUGGCGAGUCCCAAAUCCUAAACCCAACUCACAACCCUGUGGAGGGGAUGUUUCGCCUUCUCACUUCAGCUUGCCUUCAAACGGAACUUGUGAGCUGCUUGAGCCAUAUGUAACAAAUACAGCAGUCCCUUAGUUGGGAAGGUGCCGCUGCCCAGCUCGUUAGAGUGAAGGCUGACAUCACCGACGUCCAAGAAAUGCGAUGGACGGGACAAGGACUGAGGCGAGUAGGUCCUUGUGGUAUUUACUACAGUGGCCAUAUAAAGGAUAAAAGAGGGCAAAUUUGGUGUGGGAUUCGUAGUGGGAGAGAGACGCCGCCAAGUACUGGUAUUCACCCCGAUGAAUGAACAUCUAGCAACAAUCCGCAUCCAAGCGAAGUUCUUCAACCUAUCGCUGAUUUGUUCUCAUGCCCCGACGAAAGAGCAGGUCAAUGUGAUCAAGGAUGCACCAAUGAGAGCUACCGCCGCCCUGAUGUCAAAAUCGUGCUUGUCGACUUUAACGCCAGAGUGAGCAAAGAAGGCAUCUUUGGCACAACAGUUGGUAAAUUAAGCCUUAAUGGAGAAACAUCCCCAAAUGGGUUAAGGCUGAUCGACUUCGCUGGGUCCCGAAAUAUGGUCAUUUGAAGUACUAGAUUCCAGCAUAAGAAAACUCAUCAAGCUACCUAGCUGUCUCCGGAUCGAAAAGUCACCAAGCAGAUCGAUCAUGUUGUGAUAGACAGUAGACACGUCUCCAGUGUUUUCGACGUGCGUGCGCUCCGAGGUCUUAACAUCAACAUUGUUGGAGCCAAGAAACGCGCCCUCCCUUGCGCAGCAAAAAACGCAUGGCAAAUAACACAAAAAAAAUUCGACGUCGAAAAGCUGCAAUUACAACAGACAACCGAACAAAUACUCGACUUGGACUCCUGCUCUCUGAGAACACUCGUCAACAACUUGGUAUAAGGAAACUGUGAGACGGCGUUUCAAGCUCCUUACGUACAGCUGCAAACGAAACCAUUGGUUUUCGGAAAAUGCAAAAGAACAACUUAUACUAUGAGGAGCGAUGUCGCAGCGGAGAGAAAACCUACUGCCUACCUCGCAACGUUAUGAUCGUCCACUACACGUGCGGGAUGGGAUAGAUACCGAGAGUUGAAGAGGGAAGCGAGACGCAUUUGUAGACAGAAGAAGAAAGAGGCCGAAAUGCGUGAGUACGAAGAGCUUGAUAAGCUGGCCGACAGGGGUAAUGCUCGAAAAUUCUAUGAAAAAAUGCGGCGGCUUACAGAAGGUUUCAAGACCGGAGCAUACUCUUGUAGAACCCCCAAAGGUGAUCUAGUCACUGAUGCCCAGAGCAUACUUAAAUUAUGGAGGGAACACUUCUCCAGCCUGCUGAAUGGCAGUGAACGCACAACACCAGGAGAAGGAGAACCCGACUCCCCAAUCGAUGACGAUGGAGCAGACGUUCCACUACCCGACAAUGAAGAAGUUCGAAUAGCAAUUGCCCGCCUGAAGAACAACAAAGCGGCAGGGGCCGACGGAUUGCCGGCCGAGCUAUUCAAACACGGCGGCGAAGAACUGAUAAGGUGCAUGCAUCAGCUUCUUUGUAAAAUAUGGUCGGACGAAAGCAUGCCCAACGAUUGGAAUUUAAGUGUGCUAUGCCCAAUCCAUAAAAAAAGAGACCCCACAAUCUGCGCCAACUACCGUGGGAUUAGCCUCCUCAACAUCGCAUAUAAGGUUCUAUCGAGCGUAUUGUGUGAAAGAUUAAAGCCCACCGUCAACAAACUGAUUGGACCUUAUCAGUGUGGCUUUAGACCUGGCAAAUCAACAACCGACCAGAUAUUCACCAUGCGCCAAAUCUUGGAAAAACCCGUGAAAGGAGAAUCGACACACACCACCUCUUCGUAGAUUUUAAAGCUGCUUUCGACAGCACGAAAAGGAGCUGCCUUUAUGCCGCGAUGUCUGAAUUUGGUAUCCCCGCAAAACUGAUACGGCUGUGUAAACUGACGUUGAGCAACACCAAAAGCUCCGUCAGAAUCGGAAAGGACCUCUCCGAGCCGUUCGAUACCAAGGCGACUCCCUAUCGUGCGACUUCUUCUACCUGCUUCUGGAGAAAAUAGUUCGAGCCGCAGAACUAAAUAGAGAAGGUACCAUCUUCUAUAACAGUGUACAGCUUCUGGCGUAUGCCGAUGAUAUUGAUAUCAUCGGCCUCAACACCCGCGCCGUUAGUUCUGCUUUCUCCAGACUGGACACGGAAGCAAAAGAAAUGGGUCUGGCAGUGAACGAGGGCAAAACGAAAUAUCUCCUGUCAUCAAACAAACAGUCGUCGCGCUCGCGACUUGGUACUCACGUCACUGUUGACAGUCAUAACUUUGAAGUUGUAGAUAAUUUCGUCUCGUCUAUUUAGGAACCAGCAUUAACACCACCAACAAUUUCAGCCUGGAAAUCCAACGCAGGAUUGCUUUUGCCAACAGGUGUUACUUCGGACUGAAUAGGCAAUUGAGAAGCAAGGUCCUCUCUCGACAAACAAAAACCAAACUCUCUAAGUCACUCAUAAUCCCGUCCUGCUAUAUGGUCCAGAGUCUUGGACGAUGUCAACAACGUAUGAGUCGACGUUACGAGUUUUCGAGAGAAAAGUUGUGCGAAAGAUUUAUGGUCCUUUGCGUAUUGGCCACGGCGAAUAUCGCAUUCGAUGGAACGAUGAGCUGUACGAGAUAUACGACGACAUUGACAUAGUUCAGCGAAUUAAAAGACAGCGGCUACGCUGGCUAGGUCAUGUUGUCCGGAUGGACGAAAACACUCCAGCUCUGAAAGUAUUCGACGCAGUACCCGUCGGGGGAAGCAGAGGAAGAGGAAGACCUCCACUCCGUUGGAAGGACCAAGUGGAGAAGGACCUGGCUUCGCUUGGAAUAUCCAAUUGGCGCCACGUAGCGAAAAGAAGAAACGACCGGCGCGCUGUUGUUAACUCGGCUAUAAUCGCGUAAGCGGUGUGUACGCCAAUUAAGAAGAAGAGGAAUGCAGCUCUGAAGAAAUCUAGUACUAAUUUUUAAUAAAUUUGUUCAAUAAAAUGCGGAUAUGGCAACGCUGGUUUUGCGAAGAAACAUGAAA